UGCUGUGAAAAGGCAAUGGAUAAGAGGAAAUGGUAGGCACUGGAAUUAGGUGUGGUGUUUUGGGCUUCAAUUACUAUGUUCCUCUGAAAAAGAUUGGAAGAAGGUUUGGAGCCACGCUGGCUAAAAGGAAGGAUUUUGACGAUAAUGAUAAGCUCCAACAGAUACCCUUUUCCCCUCUGAAGAUUUCCAAGUCAAAUAUCGCUCGCGCUGCCAUUGGAGUGUUUGGAUUGGGGUUCAUUGAUGCCGGGUACAGCGGUGAUUGGUCGAGAAUCGGAGUAAUAACAUCAGAAAGUGAGGAAUUGCUUAAGGUUGCAGCUUUUCUUGUUGUUCCCUUGUGUAUUUUUCUUGUUUUUUUUCUGCCAACAGACACAGAUUCUUGAAUUUUUCAACCGAAUGAAGUGUGAAUUUGGUUGAAAAUCUUGUGAACAUGGAAUUGAUGGGCUGCUAUUUUUCCUCUUAUAAGUCUUAGAUCAUACUUAGGAUAUGAAUAAGCUCAAUCCAGAAAUGUUAAAGGGUUUGAAAGGAUGUUACUUGAAUGAUCUAAUGGAAAUAAUUGAAAAAAAAAAUUGUAUGAUCACUUGGGAGUUGAUGGGUGUUGUUAUAUCAGUUCCUAGAUUUAAAUAAAAUUUUCUAGAUGUCAUUGAAGUUA